UCGUCUCCAUUUCUCCUACCUCCAAUCUCUCUCUCUCUCUCUACUGCUACUCUAGAGCUCUCCCCGCCUCUUUCUCUUAGUCUCUAUCUUCCUCAACGUUUCUCUCCACCUCUCUCUCCCUCUCCCUGGAACUCCGGCCGCCGUCAAGAUCAAGAGGAGGCAUUGUAUUUGCAAAAGAUGGCUUUAAUAUCCCAAAAUGUUAGCCGUAAGGCUAAAAGGGAUGAUGCUGAUGAGCCUUCUCAUCUGCAAAAGAGUGGAGAUGUUGAUGAGGGAAAAGAAUCUGAACUUGAUAGUUUGAGGGUCAAGAAGAGAAAGAAGGCACAGAAGGAACAGGAUGAGAAAUUAGUUCUUGAGCAGGAAAGGGAAAUGAAGACACUGGAGAACGUUUUAUUUGGAUCACUUCAUUCCCCGAUUUUAUUCGGUAAGGAUGACGAGGAUGAAUCCCAAAAUGGGUUUGACAAAGACUCUGCUUUGUGCUUUGUGGACCGUUCUGCGAAUACUGCCUUAUCAGUUUAUGAAGAUGGGAAAGAAUUGUUGGAGGAAACUGAGGACGAGGAAGAAAAGAAGCUAAGGAAGCCCGUCUGGGUUGAUGAGGAAGAGGAAAAGGCCAGGAUAAAUAUUGCCAAGGUUAACAGACUAAGGAAGCUGAGGAAGGAAGAGGAUGAGAGCUUAAUUUCUGGUUCGGAGUAUGUCUCGAGAUUGAGGGCUCAACAUGCUAAGCUUAACCCAGGCACGGAAUGGGCUCGACUUGACUCGGGAAUAAGAGGUGAUAGGUAUUCUGAUGACGAGGCAUCAGAUGAAGAAAUUGGGGCAGUAUUAGCCCGUGGUUAUAAGGAUGUUGAGGCCGUUGAUAAUCUCCUCAGAACAAAUGAGGACCUUGUUGUUAAAAGCAGGGCAAAGCUACUGCCUGGACAUCUUGAAUACUCGGCACUUGUAGAUGCAAAUGCGCAGGAGCCAUCUAAUGCUACGAUAAAUUCUGUUCAGUUUCAUAGAAAUGCCCAGCUGCUACUUACUGCUGGAUUAGAUAAAAGGCUUAAAUUUUUUCAGAUAGAUGGCAAGCGGAAUACCAAAAUACAAAGCAUCUUCCUUGAAGAUUUUCCUGUUCUCAAAGCUUCUUUCUUGCCUGACGGGUCUCAGGUCAUUAUAGCAGGAAGGAGGAAGUUUUUCUAUGCCUUUGAUUUAGUGAAAGCAAAAGUUGAUAAAAUAGGCCCACUAGUAGGAAGGGAGGAAAAAAGCUUGGAGUCUUUUGAAGUCUCCCCCGAUUCUAGCACCAUCGCAUUUGUGGGAAAUGAAGGCUAUAUCUUGUUGGUUUCUUCUAAAACGAAAGAACUGAUUGGGACGCUAAAGAUGAACGGAACUGUUCGCUCUUUAGCCUUUGCUGAUGAUGGCAAGCAGUUACUGAGCUCCGGAGGGGAUGGGCAGGUUUAUCACUGGGAUCUGAGAACAAGGACUUGCUUACAUAAAGGGGUUGAUGAAGGUUGUAUAAAUGGCACGUCUUUGUGCACAUCCCCAGAUGGAACAUUGUUUGCAGCUGGUUCAGAGAGUGGGAUUGUGAAUGUUUAUAACCGAGAUGACUUCUUAGGGGGCAAGAGAAAGCCUUUGAAGACCAUUGAGAAUCUCACCACUAGAGUGAACUUUAUGAAGUUCAACAACGAUGCUCAAGUUUUGGCUGUUUGUUCGCACAUGAAGAAGGACAGCUUAAAGCUAAUACAUGUUCCAUCUUUUACUGUAUUCUCGAACUGGCCGCCACGCAAUCGACACCUAAGUUAUCCCCGCUGCUUGGAUUUUAGUCCUGGUGGAGGUUUCAUGGCCGUUGGUAAUGCUGCUGGGAAAGUGCUGUUGUACAAGUUGCAUCAUUAUGAGCAUGCAUAGAAAGGAUUUGAAUACUGGCACUAUCCAAUGGUUUGCCUCUCUAGCCUGGCAACAAUUUUGAGGCAUCAUUUGCCUGGCUCCAUGAUGAUUCAUAUGUAAGAUCUUUCCUUGGACGAUCUUAACUUAUAUUGGUUGUAGCGAAGAACCAAAUUGUCGUUGCCACAAAAAGUUUUUUCUGUUAGAGUUGGUCCUGUAAUCUGAGUUUAUAUAUUUAUUUUCUCUGUAAUCGGGGUAUGAAAUUUUUGCGUAAUAACAGAUUUUGACAUUGAAAACUUUUGGUGACUUCCCCUUCCUGUAGUGUUUCUUCAUGUACGUCGCACCUCCAAUUGGAUAGUAUGUCCUAAUUUUCAAUUUGUUCGGAAUUAUUCAAAUUGUGUACGCAAAACGGCAUGUCGUUUCAUCCUCACGGUUGACAACAUGCUGCAAAUUUUAUUUUAUAUAAAUCAAUGUUUUAU